AUGCGGCCUGAUUUCGAUGAGUUGGAUUUUUCCUGGCUCGUGGUGCAACAGGUCACACCCCAUAUUCGCGCACGAUGUUCUGGGACGUCAGCCGUCGUCGUCAGCUCGACGACAAUUGAUUACAGGAGUUUGGCACGUCAUCUUGUGUCGGGCGAGGACCACGUCAUUGAAAUUGGCAGCAGUCUGGGACAUUGUACCGAAAUUCUGCAUGCCAGGGCAGCUGAUGUCCUCGGCCUCGACGUGUCAGUUGCCCAACUUGUCGAGAGCCGCAGCCGGCUUCCUGGGGUGGCUUUUGAAUUCCUAGACAUAUUCCAAGAGCAAGAUCGUCUUGCAUCAUUUCCGCAAGCGCUGCGUUGUAAUCAGGUAUUCCUGGACAUUGGCGGCGAUCGUGCCAAAGGGUGUCUGGACUUUCCAUUCUCUACGUACCGCAGGUCCUGCACGGCAUCAGUAUCGUGCGACGCUGCCUCCAAAAAGCAAGAUUGA